AUGUCAUCGCAACAAAUAAUACAACAACUUGAACAUCAACUUCAACAACAGCUGGUGUUGAGUGAUGUCGAUGAUAGAGACCAAGGUCAAGGCCUGGCACUACCAGCGCCAAUGCAGGCACUUUGGGUACGCACUGUGCUGGAGCACGCCAUGCCACGCUCGAUGGACGCCUCACCAAUCCCCCAGGUCAUGUUUGGAGACUACCCUUUCAAUGUAACGUACGAGACCAUUCGAUUGGAGGGCCCCAGCUGGUUCUUAUACUACGCCGCCUUGUUUGGACUCGUCUGUCGCUCAUGGUACAAUCUCGUCAAGGACUUUAUGCACGCACGCCGAAACGACCUCAACCUGACAUUGGUCGAGAUCCAUGGCACACUAUUCGUGCCCUACAAGUUGGACCUGUUCAGCUACCCUCGUCUGAUCAUAUUCAAUCACAACUCAAAGCACUCACUCAUACGAAGCGAGAACUUGGUCAUGGCGACUAUCGAGUCGAUGGGUCAUCCAUGCUACACUCCGCACCUCUUCACCCAAAUGAACAAUCUCGAGUCGGUGUACAUCACGUAUCAUGGCGAUGAGGAGUCAUUCAUCGACACAAUCGAGGCCUUGCUCGAGGCCUCCAACGAUCAGAUCAAGAUCAAUGUGACCUUCCUGGACGAGGUCAUUGACUUUGCCGAGUACGACGGCCUGCGUGAACGACUGGACAACGUGACACUCGAGUACUUUGGCUGCUGUGAGGACCUUUUGACGAUGGACAGCGCUUUUGAAGAGCUUCGUGGCGUCCUGCCCAACAACCUCAUCGUCAACCUGUACAACGGUGAGAACGAACACAAUGCACACUUUACCUACGCACCGCUAUUCGCCAUCAAGUCGCUCAGACGUCUGACAAUCGAGCAUGAUCAUAUCGAGCUGGCUGACCUGAUCGAGCUGGCCAAGUCACAGCGUAUCGAGCAGUUCAAUGGCAUACUCCUAUUCCAUCACAUUCUUAGACAGAUCAAUGCUGACCGAUGCCGCACGCGCACACCCUCCGAGCAAUACCCGCAUCCACAACUCGAGUUGGUUGCAGACAGCACUGACGUGGUCACACUCAAGGUCGACCCAAAGGUGCACCAGCCGCUCAACGAUUGCUCCGCACAGCCACUCAAACAUCGCGGCUGCACAUAUCAUCCAGUCAACUUGGAGCAGCAUAUCGUGGACUUUUGUCAAGCGCUCAAGUCCAACACGACACUCAAACAUCUGGCACUCACCUCUUUCCAAUGCGCCGAGAUUGGUCACUCCAUUGCCUCAUGGGGAAGCAAGAAACAACACGUGACUGAUCGAUACACUGAUGAACAGUCGUCGCCAGACUCGACCGCGGACGACGACGAACACGAGCAGGAGCUGAGGUGCCAGCCAUUCAUCGAUCAUUUCUCUACAUUGUUCCUGUUCAACAACACAUUGCAACAUCUACAUUUGUCCAACAUAUACAUCAUCAACGACGAAUUCUUCAAAUGUCUCGAGACCAAUCAGUCGUUGCUCGCGCUGGUGCUCACUGAUGGCGCGUUUGGACGUGGAGGAGUCCAUCUCCAGGCGUUGGCCAACAUGAUCAGGAGCAACAAGACCCUACACACACUGUCCAUCCAGAGGAACCAAUUGAAACACUUUGGCGACCUGCCAUCAGCAUUGCAAUCAAGCAACACACUGCGAUCAUUAGAUAUAAGUGGAAACAAAGUGAUUGAUAUUGCAUCAGUGGCAAUGUUUGAUGCAUUGGAGAUCAGCGAUCAUUUGGAAUACCUUGUAAUAUCACCAUGCAUGAAAGAUGCUUCCAAUCACUACCGCAGCACAUCCUCAUCACUCAAGCGAGUGUUGAUCCGAGACGAUGAAGCCAGUCAAGACCCAACAUUCUACACAAACACUGGACUGGUGUCCUAUUCACCAUCUGACUAUGGAUGUUUACAAUUGGCAAGAUAUGACUGA